AUGCUUGCACCGAUUCACGUCAGUUUGCGCCAAGCGGGCACCGACUUGCACCAGCUUGCGCCGCCCCGACAACCCAAGGCGGCCAGUCGAAGUAUCGUCACAGACGCUGGCAAUCGCUUCUUGCAGGAGGCUUGCUUGUUGCUACAGAGCAAUCUUGACAAGUUUAACUUGACUGCAGAAUGCUCCGAGUGCGGUGCUCAGUGCGCAUGGGCACCGCCGCAAAAGGCUGGAAGCCUGUGGGUGGAGGCAGGCGGAAACACCUGUACUCCCUGGAGUUGCAGGGGCAAGCUCGCUGGCUGGCUAGAUCCUCAGUCGCUUCCAGCUUUGGUAUGGGUGUUCUCUCUGAAGGCCGCUUCUGAGACUGGAAAGGGUCCGGAUGUGGUGCUGAACGAGUGCGUGCCUCUUUUUCCAGCUGAGGAGUUCUUUCGAGCUGUUUGGCCUCAGGCGCAGAUCUUGAGCAUGGUGUUCAGCCCAAUUGACCUGGGGUUGCCAGUGAACCGGUCAAGACGAUCCGUGUACCUGAAAGCCCCGCAGAACUUGGUGGAUGGCUUGGUGGACCAGAUGGCGGAGGCUAAAGGCCUCCCGCCGAGACCGCCUGGGCACCACUAUGGCGUCCAAGCGGCCAUGCCCACCGGGGAGAGAAUGCGUAUGCUGACGCAUUUGGAAAAGGUGCAGGAGACAAUGCUGUGUGACUUGGAUGUGAACGCUGACAUUGCCCAGAAUCCCGGAUACUCCAAGCCUAUGAGCAUCGUGCCCACGCUGGUGCGUAACUCCGUGAUCUACAAUUUUCAGGCCGAUCGCGAGUUCUUGGUUUUGGAGCUGCUCGCUUCUCAGGGCCUGCCGUACUUCUUGCCAGAUGAGCACCCGUUCACACGAGAGAUGCCCGAAGAGUUCUUGAAUGAGCUCGCGAAGAUCCCCGAUAGAAAGCUCAAGUGCAUUUGUGGCAACGCCAUGAACAUGGCUCAGGAGCUGUGCGAGAACACCAGGCUGCUGGAGGAAGUUCCGAACCCGCCGCCUGCGCCGAAAUACGACAGCUUGCCCCUCAUGGAAGACUCCGAGGAGCUGCGUCCGCUGUUGGCAAAGCUGCGAAAGCUGGUUGGGCUGCAGUCGGUAAAGGAGGCCAUGGGCAAGCUCUUCGGCCUGGUCAAGCUCAGCGCUUGGCGCACGAGCUUGGGUAUGACCUCGCUGGAAGGCCAGUCCUUCCACAUGCGCUUCCUUGGGAAUCCUGGCACCGGAAAGACGGUGGUUGCCCGCAUCGUCGGUGAGAUGAUGGUGAAGAUGGGCGUUGUGUCCAUGCCGAAAGAGCAAAGGAAGAAGCUCGAAGCCGAGGCAAAGGAGAAGAGCAUUGAGGAAGGGCAGGAGGUGCCCACUGAGCUGGUGUUCCGCGAGGCCAGCCGCGCCGAUCUCGUCGCACAAUACCUCGGGCAGACCGCUCCCAAGGUUGAGCGUGCCGUCGAAAACGCCCUGGGCGGCGUCCUCUUCAUCGACGAAGCGUACGCACUGGUGCGAGAUGGGAAGGACUCGUUCGGGCAGGAGGCUGUGGACACACUGAUCAAGGAGAUGGAGGACAAGCGCAAGAACGUCAUCGUCAUCUUGGCUGGCUAUGAGUCGGAGAUGGACACCUUCUUCGAUUCGAACCCCGGCUUCAAGUCGCGCGUUCCUUUCAGCUUCCGCUUUGAGGAUUACAGCUGCUCUGAGCUUGGUCAGAUUGGCAACCUCGUCCUGUCAUCGCAGGGCCUUUCAGUGGCGCCUGACGUUUCACCACAACUCGUGGACCUGAUCUCCUUCACCAGCGGCUGCUGCAACGACAUCGCAGACCCCGACUGCCACCCAUCCCGGGACAACGGCAAUGGCCGCACGGUGCGGAACGUGGUCGAGGCGAUUACUGCAGGGCUUCCCUGUGUGUAUUUAGACUUGGAUACCAUAUGA